AUGCCGGAGCAAGACGCCCUCAUUCUGACGUUCUCCCAUUUGGCGGACUUUCCGCGCGCAAGCGAUGCGCUUCAUAUGCUGAAGAAGGUGGCUUCUCUGGUCAAGCCCAUCAUGCGAGUGCGAGGCUGGAAGGUGCGAGAGCUUGCCGAGUUCUACCCGGAUCAAGCAAAUCUCCUUGGUCUUAACAUCAACAGGGGCCAAAGGAUUCUGGUCCGGCUACGGUACCCCGGGGACCGAUCGCUCUUCCUGCCUAUAGAACAGGUAGUCGACACGAUGCUUCACGAGCUUUCCCAUAUCGUUUUCGGACCGCAUGAUGGCAACUUCCAUGCACUCUGGAACCAACUACGAGACGAACACGAGUCACUCAUACGCAAGGGAUACACAGGCGAAGGCUUCUUGUCAGAAGGUCACCGGCUGGGAGGUGGCCGGAUACCCAUGCACGAGGCUCGCCGCCUUGCUCGGACAGCCGCUGAAAAGCGCAAGUCGUUGACAGCUGGUUCAGGACAGAGGCUCGGCGGUUCUGGUCCCAGUAUCGGCUCAGACAUCCGGCGGACGAUUGUUGGUGCCAUCGAACGCAGGAACAACACACUGCAGGGAUGCGGCAACACCAACCACAACGAUCGGGAAAUCCAGCAGAUUUCCGAGACGGCCACUAGAAACGGCUUCCGCACCCAAGCUGAAGAAGAUGCCGCCAACGAAGCUGCCAUCGCGCAGGCGCUCUGGGAGCUCGUCCAAGAGGAGGAACGUCAGCGCUACGGUGGCUACUACAUCCCGCCAAGCGCACAGAACCCUACCGGCAAUGGUGGCGGUUCAGUCUGUUCCUCCUCCGAUCCCGGGACCGGCAACAAGGCCCCCACCGGUGCCCAGUCCCCGGACUCGACCGCCGGCUGUUUCUGCGCCGGCGUCCCAGUCGGCUCCGCAACGGGGUUGGACAUGUAG